AUGGCCCCGUAUACUGUUCUUGUCACGGGUGCGAAUCGAGGAAUUGGUCUCGGACUUGUCAAGCAGUUCCUGAAGAAUAAAGAUAUCAAGCACGUGAUCGCCACAACAAAGGAUGAGAGUAGUUCGAAAGAAAACCAAACUCCCGAAAGCCAAGAGGGACUCAAACAAAUCUCCGACAAAAGACUCAAAGUGGUUGAGUUGGAUUUGACAUGCGAUAAUUCUGUCAAGAAUAUGUAUCCUCAGGUGGAAAAAAUCGUUGGAGAUCAUGGUCUCAAUGUUUUGUUGAACAACGCUGGGAUAUUCGUCAAUUACACAACAAAUCAGAAACCCGAUCGUAGUGCACUCAUCAAAAAUUUUGACACUAAUGCGGCCAGUGUUGCUGUGCUUACCCAGACGCUCCUUCCACUGGUACGCAAAGCUGCUAAACAAUCCCAGUCGGACGAGUUCUCGAUUGAACGAGCUGCGAUUUUGAACAUCUCCGCAAGCAUCGGUUCUAUAUCCGAGAACACUUCUGGAUCAGGUCAUCCAGGAUUGUUGGCGUACAGGAUAAGUAAAGCCGCUUUGAAUGCUUUGAUGAGGACCAUGGCCGUAGAUUUAGAAAAAGACCGUAUCCUCGUUGCGAAUUUCAAUCCUGGAUGGGUGGAGACGGCCAUAGGUGGAAAGCAAGCCCCUAUGACGGUUGAUGAAGCAGCUGAAAGAUUGGUCCCAACAUUCUAUAAACUGACAAAAGAGCACAAUGGUGGCUUUUUCGAAGCAGAUCUCAAACCUAUACCGUUCUAG